UCUCCGCCGCUCAUCAUUUAUUUAUAAAACCUUAUCGGUAAACACGUGAGUUAUAAUUAUACACAUCGCACUUCCAGCAUCCAGAUCGCGCUGCUACGAGUCUUCCGCCUUUGUUGGAGGCUUAUCAGUCAGUUAUUCAGAGUCGUUGCGAUCGUUAGGAUGUUCAGGCUGCUGGAAUGGUUCGCAUUUUUGUGGUUGCUGAGUGGUGCAGUUAGUGAUGAUCUGUACAUCUGUCAGCAUCGGUUCAGUGUCAAGGAGGGAUUCUACGUGUACGAUGCGGAUUGCAGUAACUACAAUGAUCAAGCGUUGGCAAAGGCGAACUUCAACGAGGAUCGCGAGCUUUGGAUUCGUAAUGGAACGGUCGAAGACAUAGGGAAGCUGUUGAAUGGUAGUCUGUAUGACAUAACCAACCUGAAGAUCACGAACUUUGCACAGGAGGGAAGCACCCCGAUCACAGUGUUUCCAAUUGAUUCGAUGAGGUUUUCGAUUCUGGAUCUGUCGAAUGAUGGAAUUGAGAGGUUGGAGAUUACGGAGGAUGAUCAUAGGCUGACGCAUCUGGAUGUUAGGAAGAAUAAGUUGACAGAUAUCGGGAACGUCAGACAUCUGAUCAAGUUGGAGUCACUGAAGGUGGAUAAUAACGCCAUUGAAAGUGUAUCGUUGGAUGACUUCAAGAGUUUGUGGGAUUUGCUGGUGCUCUCGUUGGCUAGCAAUCGGAUAUCCAGUAUUACGUCGUCGGAGGAGAUUGCAUUACUGAAGCUGCGAUCGAUUGAUAUCUCGGACAACCAGCUCACAACAUUAGACGUGUCACUGUGGAAAUUCCCUCAAGUGAGCACAUUCUACAUGCAUGACAACUCGCUUGCGAAAAUCGACGGACUCCGUGGGAAGUUUUCGAAGACAUGGGACAUCUCGAUGGGAGGACGAAACAACUGGGACUGCGCGUGGUUCGACAGGCUGCUGGAGUUUCUGAAGAAGGAUCGCCAAUUCGCCAUGCAAAUGUUCGGUGAUAAACCCUCUUGCCCGGAUGAAACGAGAAUGGAUGGAUUCGUUUGCUGUAACAGUACCACCAAUGACAUCAGCCCGUAAUAAAGCAUCACCACUAUCACUAUCAAUAAAAUGAAACUACUCGCUGAAAGAUA